GACGUUUACUGCAGGAAGUCAGUGGGUAGGAUAGUACUAAAAGAAUUGUGUCAACUUCACAGUAGUGGUUGGUAAACAAACAUAUUUGUUGUUGGUUCUCUUUCGUGUACCUCUGGAAUUAUUAAAAACUUCGUAACAAAACUUCAAUAGCCUUCAAUAUGCCGGAAAAUCAAGAAAAUACUAGCAAUAAAACAUUUAAGCAACGGAAAACCUUUGGUAUGUUGAGCCUUUAAUAAGUGAUUUGUGUUUGUGUUGUUGAACGAUUCAACCGGAGGCUGAGUGACUCUGAGUCAGUCAGUAUGAUGGUCAUGGAACUACUACUUCAGUUUAGUUGCACACAUUGCGUGAUUCUCAGAGUUGUCAGAGUCUUAUCAUUACUACACAUAUCUUUCUAUUUUAAGAAGUUUUUAGACUUAAACUUAAAGUUAACUCGGUAAAUUCAGAGAACGCGGCCCGCGUUUAUUUCCAUGCGCGCACUUUUACGUCUUAAAUCGAUCCCUAUACUCACUAUACUAUGCCAUAACCGUAACCUGAACCCUAAAUCGAUCCCUAUGCCUAACCCGAACCCUAAAUCUAUCCCCAAGCCUAACCCGAACCCUAAAUCAAUCCCUAUACUAUACUAUGCCUAACCUUAACAAAGUCAACGAACAGCUGUUAAAGUUAAGGGGUUAAGGUAACUCAACUUUACUAUUUAAAUUUUCAGAAAGUGCGGCCUACAAAUAUAAAUAAUUUAUUAUAAUAUAAUAAAUAAAUACAGCGGAACCUCUCAUAACGAGUUUAAUUCGUUCCAGACUCUUACUCGUUAAGCGCGUAAAUGAAACAAUUUUUUCCAUACAAAUCAAUGUAAAAUGCGAUAAUGCAUUCCAUGCUGAAAAAAUACUAAUUUAAAAAAAAUUUUUUUUAACAUUUAUUCAAAUAAAAUCACUUAUGAAUUGUUAAGGAGUGUAACAACUUGGAAUACAAUUUAGAUUUGAAACAAAAAACGUAAAUAAAAAUAAAAAUAUGAAUUUAUGACAAAUAAUUAAUCCGCCCUGGGUGCCAACCUUAAGAGGGUACCAAAACUUGAUUAUUGAAUCUGAACCAGUUUGCUUGGGAGCUGACCAUUCGACUGGAAUUUAAGAAUUUAAAAAAAAUCAUUUUCAGACCCACUUUGGGGGGGGGGGGCAGAAACAGUUUUGAUGAAUUUUUCCAGGAAUUUCUUGCUUUUCAGUCUCAAAUGCUCCAGAGUUGACUCUGAUGACCAUCCUGUACCAAAACUUGAUUAUUGAAUCUGAACCAGUUUGCUUGGGAGCUGACCAUUCGACUGGAAUUUAAGAAUUUAAAAAAAAUCAUUUUCAGACCCACUUUGGGGGGGGGGGGGGCAGAAACAGUUUUGAUGAAUUUUUCCAGGAAUUUCUUGCUUUUCAGUCUCAAAUGCUCCAGAGUUGACUCUGAUGACCAUCCAUGCCAGACCAAAAUGCCAGAAAAACGGAAAUUCCAUGGGAAAGUGGUCUGUUUCCAUUCCCCAGGUUUGGUCCGAGAAUGAUUUUUAAAAUAAUUCCUGUUGAUGGCUCACAAGCCAACCUGUUCAACUGGCAAAGUUUUCUGGAAUCUGAUGCUAGAAUUUGAUCCUGCAUCUUUGGAAACCUCAAGGAGCCAAAUUUCGUCACAGCACCAAUAUUUCAUCUUGAAAUUUAAUUCUUAAAAAUUAAAUAUGUUAAAAUAAUAGGGACCAUUUGGAGGUAAAAUUAAAUUCACUAAAACAAUACUUAAUCUGCGUAGGCUUUUUAAACUAGCUAAUUUAAUAGGACAUUACGUUCACUUUUACAAUCAACUAAAUAGACCAACUGGCCUAUGACUAAUUAUCAUAAUUUGCAAGAAAGCCACACAAAAAAAAAUUGAGGUGGGGGGGGGGGUUAGUUAAUAUUUUGUUAGGUUGCUUAGUUGAGCAGUGCUUCAACAACAAAGAUAUUCAGCUAUGAACAUCUAUUGCAACUGAUGGAGCAUGAUUAAUGUCAGUUAACUUUUUUUAAUAUUUCAUGUGUCUUACUCAAUUAUUGUGCUAUUCAGCUCCAACAUCUGGCUGCUGAAAUUACUUAAUAAAAUAUAAUAAAAUAAAUGGUCAAGUGAGUUAAAUUUAAGCCCACUCUUUCAGUGAUUGACAAUUCUGCAAACUCUUAUGUUGAGAAUCAUGUUGAGAUUUUUGGUAAACACAACUGCUUCACUUGGUACUGAUGAGACUAAGACAUUUAAAACCAGACAGUGAAAACUGUUAUCCCUUUACCAAGCCCUUACAUUGCAUUAAAAAUAAUUGACCAUUGAAAACGUCAGAUAUCUAAAAUUCUUUAAAAAGUGUAAGUAUUGCAUGAUCAAAUUAAUCAGCUAUUUAUUGAAUUAAUGCAAGUAAAAAAAGGUUCAUUGGGUUUACAUUAAAUUCUUUUUUAUUAUAUAUGACACUUGUAUAUUUGUGUUAUUAUAUUCCAUCAUGUAUACUUUUACUUAGAGAAUUCUUAUAUAGGGAUAAGAAACAGGGCACUAGGCAUGAGUAUAUUACUUUGAGGUUAGAGGGGACCAGCAGAAAAUUAAAAAAAAAACAAAAAAAACACUUAGCUAGAUAAUGAAUCCAAACAGAUAUCAGGCAAUAUUUUACACACACAAAGAAAGGAAAAUAAUAGAAUGUUUAUUAAAGCAUUUGACUGUCCACAAUUGUUCUACCUACUGGGAGGUUUCCAUAGAUGGAAAAAAAUUCCCUGGGAGACAAAGUGUUUAGUUAGAAUAGUCGGCAGUAUGAAAUUAUUUUGUAUUGAAAAAUAAAGUUAAAAAGUAGAUAUUCUUUAUUAACCCUUAUUACUCCUCCAUAUUUAAAAUCGAUUGUUGAGAGGGGAGGAGCGGUAAUUAAGAGUGGCAGUCCAUUUAUUAUAUUUAAGUUCAUGUGAUGAUUUAUAAGUGAUGAGAAGGUGGAAAUAAGCUGUGUGCAAUGAUAGAUAUCUAGAUGAAGUUUAAGGAUUGAAUUAGUUUUAAAUUCUUAUGACCUGGCCUAAACAAAAACUUGACUGCCAAAAGCAAGGUUUUCAUGUGAAGAUUAGUUCAUUGUUAUAUUUACUGGCUAUAAUCUGUAUACUUUGACUUACUUUGUUCACUUGGCUAAAUAUAAAUUUGAUGUUGCAUGUUGCACAGGCAGUCAGGCCAUUAUGGUCUGCAGGAUAACUUUUGUUAUCACUAUUCACAAGCAGAUAUGUUUGUUUUUUUUACCCACCAGUCAAAUACUUAGGCCCUGAUUAUAGUUCUGAAGAAAAAAAUCCUAUAGGACCUAAUCUGGCACACCACCUACUUACUCCUUAGCCCUCAUUUACCAUGGUUACAUAAUAAUGAUUUGAUUCUUGAGGAAAAUAUAAUGAAAAUUUAACAAUUCCAUCAAAGGGUAAAGGUGAAUUACUUCUCUUAUGGGUCACAAAAUGGAUUCACUGGGCUGUGCGUAGUUCACAUUCAAAAGUAAAUAAAUAGUGGAACAAGACAUGUUUAGGCUUGAAAAGAAAAGACAGGACGAUUAAACGGACAUUUCAGCCUGAUGCCUUCUUCAGAUGGACAAGACAAAACAAGAAGCAACAGAUCCUUUAAAUUAAUAAUAGACAUGAAAAGGCAUGUUUCCUUUAUGUGCCAUCUUUUCUUGUCAAGACCUGAACAAAUCUUGUUCUGCAUUGUCUGCUGGAAGGGGCAUCUAGUCAAAACAUUUGUUUAACUGUCCCAUCUUUUCUUGUCAAGACCUGAACAAAUCUUGUUCUGCAUUGUCUGCUGGAAGGGGCAUCUAGUCAAAACAUUAGUUUAACUGUCCCAUCUUUUCUUGUCAAGGCCUGAUCAAGUCUUGUUCUGCAUUGUCUGCUGGAAGGGGCAUCUAGUCAAAACAUUUGUUUAACUGUCCCAUCUUUUCUUGUCAAGGCCUGAUCAAGUCUUGCUCCACUACUUAUUAACUUCACACUGCUUGAAGGCAGGGCCCCAUUGUUGUUGCAUUGAAAAACAAAUCAGUCACAUGCAAGCUGAGACAAGCCAUUUUGAAGGCGGUAAAAAAAAAGGCUAUUAUUUGGCAUCAAAUAAAAUUUAAGUGGUACAAAUAUAUGGGGAAAGUGCACAACGAUGCAUAAUAAUAAGAAGGGUAGGGGGAACCACUUUAGUUAGAUCUGCCCCAAACAAAUCUCUGCACAGCCUCGAAUGAGAAGGAGAGGGGGGGCACCUCUUUAGAUCUGCACCAAACAAUUCUCUGCAUAGCCUCUGAACUUUAUAUAAACCAAGUUUCAAGGCUGGGCAAAAUUUGGGUGUUUUGUUUUAUUCAUGUUAUAAAUUAUUUUUGGCUUUUUCUUCCCCAUAAUUUUUUUUAUCAGCGGUGAGGAAAGAGGAAGUUGAAGGGAUACGACAGAAAUUUCCUAACAAAGUGCCGGUAAGGCUGCUAGCAUAAUGUAACAACUGUUUUAAAGCAAAAUUUAAAGUGGUGGGGGGAGUGUUGUAUCUUUGGUUUUAAUUUGUAUUGAGUGGGACUGUACUGUAUCUUCUUUCAGAACUAAAUGUAGAUGAAGUAGACACAAGGCUAGUGAUAGCAAAAAUAGUUUUAUUUUAAUCAAGAGAUUAACGACCAGCCAGUUUACAAGUCUAAUUUAGUGGCUACCAUUACCAGCUAAUGAUUUACAAGAUUGAUUUAGUGGCUACCAUUAGAACUAAUGAUUUACAAGGUUAAUUCAGUGGCUACCAUUACCAACUUAUGAUCUACAAUGUUAAUUUAGUAGCUACCAUUACCAACUAAUGAUUUACAAGGUCUAUUCAGUGGCUACUAUUACCAACUAAUUAUUUACAAUGUUACUUUAGUAGCUACCAUUACUAACUAAUUAUUUGCAAGGUUAAUUUAAUGGCUACCAUCUCACAUUUUUAAAUCCAUCUAUUCAGGUUAUAGUAGAAAGAUUCCACAAAGAGACAACACUACCUGUUUUAGACAAGACCAAAUUUUUAGUCCCGCAGGAGCUGACCAUGUCUCAGUUUCUCACCAUCAUCAGGUCAAAUUUUGUUUAUUUCAACUUUUGUUGGCUCUCGCUGUUUGUAUCAAAGAAUGAACUGGUCUUUUUCAUGAAUGUCUGAGGCUGUGAUGUAUGCAUCACAAACACUCAUCAUGUGAUAUGUGAAUCUACUAGGUUGUCAGGCUAUGGGAUGUCAUCAACAAUUUUAUAUAUUUUCAUUACGGAGGAUUUUGAUUGCUGUAGUAAUGAAUAUACAUGAAAACUUUUGUUGUAGUUUUGUACAUAAUUAUAAUUAACACUUCCUUCCUGUUUGAUUUGAAUUAUUUACUUUACAGAAUAAGACUGUCGUGGGGUGUCUUAUAGAGUACUUAUGAAAUUAAAUUGACAUCUGAUUAAAAGAAAUAAAUGUUUAGGGAACAUGAAGAAAUUUAUAAUUUAUUCAAAUUUAUUAUUCUCCUCUUCAGGAAUCGAAUGUCUCUCAAUUCGAACCAGUCAUUUUAUCUGAUUUUAAACAACAAGAGCAUAUCCAGCAUGUCCUCAACUAUAGCCGAGGUCUACAGGGACGAGAAGGAUGACGAUGGCUUCCUUUAUAUGACCUAUGCUUCACAGGAGAUGUUUGGCUCAUCCAACUGACAGAUUCUGUAGGGUACGAGAACAGACAUUGGAAGACUAUGAUUAAUUAAACCACCAAGUCUAAGCUCUAAUUCAUGUCAAAAUAUGCACAAGAGCCAAGGGGCUUAUAUUUUAAAAUAUAUAUUUAAUUAAAAAUUAAUUUACAUUAAUUCAUGAUCUAACUUUGAAUGACACUGUUAUUUAAAUAUCAGAAUUUAAACCACCUUAAAUUUGAAAUUGACUAAAUAUAUUUAAGUAAUCAUAGAUGCAAAUCACUGGAAAAGAAGCAUGUUUUUUUUUAAAUAUUUUACUUUGAUUUUUAUGAGUAGUUAUAAGCCAGAUAAUGUAUUGAAAAUUCAAGGAAGAGCAGACAAACACAGAUUUAUAAAAGGUAUUUAAAUUAAUCAUUAAUACUGGUACCAAUAAUGAUAAGUUAAUGAGGAGGGGAGGGUUGUAGUGAGUGGUAAAUGAAGGUUUAGCAGCCAAAUUAUAAAAUUAGUUUAGAUUAUUCAGCGUAUGUUUCAGAAGUACUUACAAAAUAAGCCACUAUAAAAUUGGUCAGGGAAAAAAAUUCAAUAAUUUUGAUUAAUAGUUACAAUAAGGGAUUAAAAAGGUAUCACGGCGGUCCUAUGGAAUGGUGAGUCAAACUGUUAUGACUAUAAAUGUGUUGUUGAAUCAAUAAUGUGCCUUAUUUAAACCACUGGCAUGUGCCGCCAUGGAGUUGUGUCUUAUUUAAGUCAUGGACAUGUGCUGCCAUAGAGGUGUGUCUUAUUAGAGCCACAAGUGUUCUGUGUGCAAGGGAACUGAAAGUUUUAAAUCAGUGUUUUCAUGAUCAGAAAUAGCAAUAUAUAACUUGUCUCAACUUUCAUAAAUUUUGCUUUUUUUUGCUUUUUUCAUAUUCCAUGUUUCUGAUCGGCUGACAGAAUUCGCUUGAAAUUAUAUCUUUCAUGAUACAAACUGCUGACUUAAAAUAUACCCAGAAAACAAAAAGAUGCUUUGAUAUAUCUUUAUCUGCUUCCUUAAAUAGAUUUGAUCUUUCUCUUAUCAUGUAAUCCAGGUUAAAAAUACUGGUACUGGUACAUCCAACACUGUCCUCUCAAACUUUCAAAAGACUCAAUUUCAUACCUGAGAGGGACUUUCUUUAAAAUAGAUAAUUCAUUUAGCUUUUUGACUAAAAAUUGAUCAAGAGAUCAGAGAACCGUACCACAAAAGAGUGAUUUAAAUAGACUGUCGAGGUGAGGUAUGAUUUGAUUGCACAUGUAUUGUAUAUAUAACAAUUUUCUUCUUCGAAUAGUUAACAUGUAUAGUUUCUUGUAUGUACAACUUCUUCAUAGAUCUCCCAGAAACUGAGCAUUAAAUCAAUUUAGAUUAAACAUAGUGUAACUCAAUGAUUAAAACUGAGGAUACCUUCCAUAAAAAGUUAAAGCUAAUGUAGGAUCUUCCAUAAAGAGCACUUGUGAUUUAUUGUUUACCACUGUUACUAUUGUUAGAGCCCGGAUUUCUUAUUCUAAUUCAGUUCAUGUAAAUAGAAGGCUUAGGCAAACACUAAGGUGUUUUCAUUUAUUUGAGACAUUUUUACCCACCAUAAUUAAAAAAUCUGACCAAUGCACAUAGGAAUUGUUGUUGAUUAUUGACUUUUUGAUUGUGAUUAUUGACUCUUUGAGUGUGAUAUUGACCUGUUCAUUGUGAAUAUUGGCUUGUUGGAUUUUUAACUUUAAAAAAUUACAGUUCUCUUCUGUAAAUUGUUCUUUUUUUUUUUUCAUUUCAUUGAGUGAUUAUAAGGCCAUUGAAGCUAUGUGAUGAAACAAAACAAUGAAUAAAAAAUCUCUCUGACAUUCCAAUUAUUUAUGUCUAAAGAUUAAAACUUUUUUUAAUUGUGAAAAUAAAUAAAAUAAAUCAUUAUAUUUAAAGAAAGUUUUCAUAUAGCUGACAAACAAUCAGAAAAAAGUCUUAAAAGCUCAUGCCCUGUGAACCUGCUCUCUUUGAAAUCUGGCACAACUCACCCAGCACAAUCAUCUUUUAACAUGCACAUUAAGAGAGUAGGUAUCACAAUUCAUUUAACUUCCUCUUAUAGCCGACAUGAUUACUUCCCUUAUAAAAGACACGGCUGACUUCCCCUUAUAACUGACAUGGUUGACUUCCCAUUAUAUUUAUAAUAAUAACUCUUUACAUUUUUUUGGAUUUUUUAUUGUGUUGGUUAUUUUUGAUUCAUAAUUUAAUAUUUUUUUAAAAAGAUUUUACAAGGGAAAGCUGUUUCUUUUAAGAAUAAUUUCUUAUGUUUGGUUAUAUUAUAUUUGUUAUAUUUGGUCGUAGUGAUCUUUUUAUGAUAUACCUGCACUGUGAUGUUUUGGAUUGGAUGAUUUCCUCUUCAAUAAAAAAUGUAUUGUAACAUAAAUAAUUUCAAAAUGUUCUUAAAUUUUGCCUAACUGUCAAAGAAAUUUUACUUGACAGACUAUAUUAAUUAUAAGUUGUAAAUAAAUGGUGAAAUGAAAAAUAAAAAAACAGGUUAAUAUAUUUGUAUUAAUAAUAUAAGGAAUUUGAAAAAGUAUUGAUAAGGAUUAUUGAUAUUUCUUUUUUAAAGAAAUUUUACUUGACAGACUAUAUUAAUUAUAAGUGGUAAAUAAAUGGUGAAAUGAAAAAUAAAAAACAGGUUAAUAUAUUUGUAUUAAUAAUAUAAGGAAUUUGAAAAAGUAUUGAUAAGGAUUAUUGAUAGUUCUUUUUUUAAGGACAUUAUGUCAUUUACAUGUCUACAGUGGAAAUGAUAGAAUCUUUUUGAGUAAUCAAAAAUGUUAUUUUUAAUUGGUGCAGAAUUUAAAUUUUCCUUUUUCAUGUUUUAUAACUUUCAAAUUAGGGAAAACUUCUAAAGCUAUUUUUGGAGUAGGGCAUCCCUUUGUUGUCAAGUGUUAAUACCCAAUGUGUCUUGUGUCAAUGGCCUGAGUGAAAUUUUAUAAUUUAAACAAUUUUAUUCUUGACAAAAUGAUACUAUAUUUCAUGGCUUCCAUUUUCAUAUUUAAAUAUUUUUUUUUUAAAAUCUAUAUUUGUGACCUUUGACCCAGUGUUGCUAAAAAUAUAAGUAUAUUCCUAUCUGAUCUUUAUCUUUAGAUCUUUUAUAAACCAGGGGUCACAUUUAUUAACCAAGAAAUUAAAAAUCUUAACAACUUUUUUAAUUCUACUUUACAAAUUCAUAUUAAUAAUACUAUAUAAUUUUAUUAUCAUUACUGAAUGUAAUUGUAGCAUAUAAGGCAGAUGACUCCAGUGCAAUGGACUUUUUGAUGUUAUAUUCUUCAACUGUUUAAAAAAAAACUUUCCAUAUUUUGCUGAUUGCAUUUGACAAAUUUCUUGUUCAUGGUAUUUAAUAAAACAUUAUCAAAA